AUGUCAAGCAUUUUAAUUAAAACAAUCACUACCCCAGCAUUAUCAUUAAUCACCAAUAACGUUAUCACUAAUACAUCAAAGUGUUUUCAUACAAAUAUCAUACUAAAAUCAAAAGCUAUAUCUCAAACAGUAAUAAUACCACCAAAGGCUAUAAUCCAAAGAUAUUCAUUAAAUAAUACUAAUACCUUCAAUAACACUACUGAAACAGAGUACAAACAGUUACCUGAAGAUUCUCAAUAUAUCGAAAAGUUUUAUGACGAAUUGGAAACCUUCCAACUUUUUUUAAAAUCCGAAUUACACAAAAGUUUCAGUGAUUUUGAAGACUCACCGCAAGAACUUGUUUUCGAAUUAGAAAAAUAUAUCCAGAUGGAAUUAUUGCCUAGGCAUACUAAACUUUGUGAUGAUGAUAUUAAAUCAACUUUUAAAUUCCCUACAAUGGGUGAUAAAUUAGUUAUCGAUAGAUUUUUAGAUUUUUUACAUAACGUUAAUAUAACAUUGGUGUUAAAUGGUGGUCAUACUUUUAUCUUUGAUAUAAUUAUUCAAAGCAAAAAAUCGUUUGAUGAAUUUCAAAAACAACAAAAAACAAAAUAA